CAUCUUCAAGGGACCCAUUUUCAAUUUUCAUCUCUCUAUAAAUAGGCAGGCAGAAGCAAAGGCCAGUAGUUCCCAUGCCUCUCUGCAUGCAAUAUCAACCCACCCACUUGCUCAUUUAAACGACACUUCAUCAACUCCCUACCCCUCCAAAACAAAAAAGAAGGAAAAAAGAAAAGCCCUUCAUCAAAUCUUCCAAACUCUUUCCUGAUCAUUCUUCUUCUUCUUCCAGAUUCUGAGAACCCCCACCCCCCCUUCCCCUGCUUCUGCUCUGUUCUGCAGCAGCCACAAUGGUGCUGUCCAAGCCAGCAAUUGAACAGUUCUCUCUCGUCAAAACCUGCAAGCCUACCACAUUGUUCCCUGCAAUUCCCCUCGUAGACCUCUCCCAGCCCGACUCUAAGUCUCUCCUGGUCAAGGCUUGCGAAGAGUUUGGCUUCUUCAAGGUCGUCAACCAUGGCGUGCCAACUCAAUUCAUCUCCAAACUUGAGUCCCAAGCUGUGAAGUUCUUCUCCCUUCCCCUGUCUGAGAAAGAAAAAGCAGGCCCUCCCGACCCCUUCGGUUACGGCAACAAGUGUAUUGGACCCAACGGCGAUAUCGGCUGGGUCGAGUAUCUUCUCCUCAACACCCACUCUGAAUUCAAUUCUCAGAGAUUUGAAUCAGUUUUUCACGAAGACCCAGAAAUUUUUCGGUCUUGUGUUAAUGAUUAUGUUUCGGCUGUGAGGAAUAUGGCCUGUGAAAUUCUUGAAUUGAUGGCUGAUGGGUUGAAGAUUCAACCGAGGAAUGCUUUCAGCAAGCUCUUGAUGGAUGAACAGAGUGACUCUAUUUUCAGGCUUAACUUCUAUCCUCCAUGCCCAGAGGCUCAAUCUUUGGAUGGCAGCAAUUUGAUUGGCUUUGGAGAGCACACAGACCCACAGAUAAUCUCUGUCUUGAGAUCCAACAACACAUCUGGGCUUCAAAUCUCUUUGGGAGAUGGGAAUUGGCUGUCUGUCCCCCCAGAUGAAGAUUCCUUCUUCAUCAAUGUUGGUGACUCCUUGCAGGUUAUGACUAAUGGAAGGUUUCAAAGUGUGAGGCAUAGGGUUUUGGCAAACAGCAUAAAAUCUAGGGUUUCCAUGAUCUACUUUGGAGGCCCACCACUGAGUGAGAAAAUAGCUCCGUUGCCUUCACUCAUGGAAGGAGAGGAAAGCCUCUACAAGGAGUUCACAUGGUUCGAGUACAAAAGAUCUGCUUACAGCUCUAGAUUGGCUGAUAGAAGGCUUGUGUUCUUUGAGAAGAUAGCUGCCUCUUGAUCCUUCUACUUCCUUAAAUGUUCAUUAGCAAAAUCAAACUUGGUUUUUCAACAGUCUCUAAAAACUAGGUUUAUAAUUAUAUUUGCAGUUUAACUUCCCCUAUAGAUUGAAAAACUUUGUACCUACUUUCCAACUUUUUUAGUUUUCCCACCUUUUUAAAACUCUCUGCGGAUCUUUAUGUAACCAUCUCUUUCUUUGCCUAUAAUAAUACACGCCAACUAUCGUCUUUGGUUAUCACA